GGUGCAGCAGGAUCUAUGAGCAGAAUGCAGCAGCAGCGGUAGCCGUAGAAGAAGAAGCAGAAGGGCGACAGACACCACUGGCCUGUGGUAGUAGUCGGUCUCGCACUAGUCUAAACGGAACGAUACACUGUAUUUGGACAUGUACUACAUUUUAUGGUGCUGAUACAACAUGGGAAACCAGAAAAAUGAAAAUGCAGCUCGUAAGGACAUCUUUUUAGAGUGAACAUACUUAUUGCCAGAUGGAGACCAAUUUGUUGGUGUCUGGAUAGUGUUAAUUAGUUCAACAGUGAUGCCAUCAGCUCAUGGACGAAAUUGUUUAAUCAUGGAAAAGCAGAAAGCAUUGAAUAGUGUUUCUUCUGGAGAAUCAAGUACCUUCAUCUGUACAGAGUGUGGUGAUGGGUUCAGUCAGUACUCUAAUGUGCUGGCACACAUGGCCAUUCAUGGACCUUUGGAGUCAUUUUCCUUUGAUGGGUCAUCCAACGGAUUUGAAGUACCACGUGAAUAUGUGCUACAAGAAAACGGUACUCUUACAGCUGUCAAUGGAUUGGCACAAUCACAGCCUUCUAUGAAACCACUAUCUCCAGGAGUAUUGCCAUCGCAUUUACCAUCCACUGUCAAACCAGUGUCUCCAACUUUAAGGCCACAGCUUCCUCUGUACAGAGACGUAUUUCGCCCGAGGCCAUCAGACUUGAACUUGGACAAGUCUCGCCAAGGCCAUUACCGCUGUGAAAUAUGUAACAGAUCAUUUAACAGCCUGCAGAGUUUACAUCGUCACCAGCAGUAUCGAAACACAGAGCGAGGCUACAAGUGUACUUUAUGCUGUAAGAUCUUUGAAGAUAGACAGGACCUUAAGAAACACCUCCAAGAUCAUGUCAGUGAAAGCUUCCACUGCUGUAGUCAUUGUGGUAAGCGAUUCCUGAAAGUGGAAGCACUGAAUGCUCAUAGAAAAGAAAAUCACCUCAACAACAAGCCUAUGGGCUCAGGUAAAUUGGAAAAUAAGCAAGAAAAAAAGUUGGAGAAAACAUAUCCUUGCAAGAAGUGCAAAUUGAAUUUUUUCUGGUUGUCAGAUUUCCAGACACAUUCACUGUACCAUUGCAAAGGAAAAGAGCCUGAUGCUUUUUUUGCAUCCGAAAUUGAAAGUGAAAUGAAUUCUAAAAACCUAGAAGACAUGCAACAUGAAAACUGCCACAACAAUGGCACAUCUUUUGAUAAUAAAAAUGAGAACAGUAAAUAUUUUGGGGAUAGUAGCAGUGAGAUUGGGACUGAAUACUCGUUCACACCAUAUAGGUGUGGGUUAUGUGGGGAUCGUUUCCAGAAGUUAACAGCUCUGAAGGAGCAUCAUCUCACACACCAAACUCAGGAAGAAAUAGAUCAAUUGAAUCAAGAAUCCCAAAGAACAUUAAAGCGAAGGGUGCAACCUAAAGGUAGACGUAGAAGAGGGAGUAAUCCAAACGGUAAGCUUCAUCCUUGCAAGCACUGCCAUCGUGUCUUCAAUCAUUCUAGUAGUUUAUCUCGGCACAUGAGAUACCAUAAAGGUACAAUGCACACAUGUGUAUUUUGUGGUAGACACUUUCCCCAGCGUUGUGAUAUGAGAAGACAUGUAGCCAUGUACCACAAAGCUGAAUUAGAAAAGAAACCAAGUUUGAAACACUUAUAUGUAACUUCACAAAACGGGCCUUCCCCCAGUUCUCUUGGGGGCAAGAAAAGCCCAUGCCCUUCUGAAGAGAACACCAAGAGCUCGUCUGACAAUGAACAAGUAACCUCACAAGAGCAGAACCCUAAGGAGAAUCAAUCAGGAAAAGGAGGCAGGGUUAACUACAAGUGUCAGGAAUGCGGUAAGCGAUUUGGACUAUUAUGUGUGUACCAACGGCAUUUGCGCUAUCACAAAAAGGAACCCAGUAAGUGUCCCCAGUAUCCAUCUCGGUUUAGAAAUGCAUCUUCCCUUGAGCUUCAUGUUGAAAAUCACACAAGUACUGGACCAGUGGAUGAUAUUGGGAGAACAUCUCGCCACACUGGUACCAGUGAAGACUCUGUCCUUGAAAAGGGCAGUCCAGUGGACGUAGAGGAUGACUUUAUGGACCAUACUCAAAACGAUAAAGGAAAUCCUUCAGAGGUACUUUACGAAUGUACUGAGUGUACCGAGACCUUCUCAUGCUUGGAAACAUUUCUGCAUCACCAGACUUCUCAUGGCUCAGAAAACAAUGGGUAACUAUCCUACUAAAUGCAUUGGUUAUUGUUAUUAUUGUGAACAAUCAAAAUCUCAGGAGUUUAAUGUUUUGGCUCCUUUGAAUGCCAUGGUCUGAAUAACUAUCGAUCACAACCUUAUGUAAAGUUUGUUUGCAAUGCAUAUUUUACAUGUUUUUAUACACUUUUCUGUUGCAUGAUGAGGAAAAAAAAUGUUCAUUAAUGAAUGUCAGGAAGUAAGACAGAAAUGGAGACAAUACCAAAUUCAUUUUUAUUUGAAUUCACAAUAAAAUAUAUGGGCACAAAUACAACACAUGCCUUUUUAUGGGAAGCAUGCCCACAGGCCAUGGUUGCAGUAAACUUGAAAGUCCCAACAAUUGCUGGUAAACUGGUAAAUGUAGUGUUUUUCAUUGUGUAUUGUAGUGCCUACUCAUGUUGCUUCAUUUCUUGUUUCAUCAUUUCUGAAAACACUUUUGAUCUGUCAUGCAUAUAUCUUCCUUAUAAAAGGAUAGCAUUUUAACUUUGUAGAUUUUUAAUCGUGCCAUUAAAAUUGAACAGAAGAAUUA